GCAACAGCUGAUUUAGUGAUGCACAGGAAUUCAGAACAACGACGCUUCUCGUCCCGACGUAACACUCCUGAUUGUUAAACGCAAUUCCGGGCUGGCCCGCCCCCUUUCGAGCUCCACGCCCCCUUUGAUCCGGUUUCGGGUAGGCCGGGGUGAUGACGCAGUUCCUUCCGCCCAACUUAUUGGCCUUGUUCGCGCCUCGUGAACCGAUUCGCUAUCUGCCUCCACCGGAUAAAUUGCCCCACGAAAAGAAGAAUGUUCACACGUAUCAUGGUGUGGCUCAGUUCAUCGCCGGAAACUUUGAAGACCCCAAAGACACGCCCGCCCCCAUCAAGGCCGAGAACCGAGAAGAGAGGUUAGCCCGCAAAAAGCGCGAGAAAGAGGAGCAAGUGGCCUACAAAUUGGAGCAAGAGAUUGCCUUGUGGGACCCCACUUCAGUUCCGAGUGCCACGGCUGAUCCCUUCAAGACUUUAUUCGUGGGACGGAUCAAUUACUACACCACGGAAUCCAAAAUUCGCCGCGAGUUUGAAACUUUUGGGCCCAUCAAGUCGAUCCACAUGGUGACUGAUCCCGAAAAGGACAAACCCAGGGGUUAUUGCUUUAUUGAGUUUGAGCAUGAGAGGGACAUGCACUCCGCCUACAAGAAAGCUGAUGGAAUGAAGAUUGACGGUAGACGCGUUCUGGUUGAUGUCGAGCGGGCCAGAACAGUUAAAGGAUGGCUGCCCAGGCGAUUAGGUGGUGGUCUGGGUGGAACACGGAGAGGGGGAGCUGACGUUAAUGUCCGUCAUUCCGGUCGCGAGGAUGGACCUCGUCACCGUUCCCGCUCAAGGGAGCGUGGUGGUGGUGGUGGCGGUGAAAGGCGCUCUCGCUCAAGGGAUAAGGAGCGCCAUCGUCGUCGUCAAUCCAGAAGUCGGUCGCGUAAGCGCUCGCGCCGGUCACGCUCGCGUGGUGAACGCGGUGAGCGUGAUCGCGACCGCCGGCGUACAAAAUCGCGUGAUCGCAAGCGCUCGAGAAGGUCGAGAUCGCGCUCCCGCGGAGAGCGGCGUGAUCGACGUGAGCGUGAUCGCAGACGUGAUGGUGGUGACCUCAAUAUUAAGGACGAACCAGAUGCCUUUGGCUAUGAUGAAUAUGGUGUGCAAGUUAAGCAAGAGGAAGAGGACAGGAAACCAGAUCUUGGCUAUCAGGGAUACGGAGAGAAUUACCAAUGAAAUCAGAACUGAACCUAAAAAAAAAGCAAUGUUUCUUUUUGCUUCGUCCAAGGCUACCAUAUUUCGUGACCAGCUCUUAGGUUUCCUUGAUUACGAACAAUGAACGUUAGCACCUCCCCCGCCUCCCCUCUGUCUCUUUGGUAUUCAUAAUGUCAGUUCGUGGAUUCUUUUUCAGUUCAACUCCUUUGGUCUGUUCAAUAAAGAUCUUUUUGAAAAUGAUAA